UUUUGGACAAAGCAACAACCGAUCAUCAUGGCAACCUCCUUGGAAAAUGGACUCGUGCUGGGCCUCCUGGGCACAGGCAAGAUCGGAAGCGCCGUCAUGUCUGGGUACUGCACACCUGUUGCAGACAAAUCGACAUGGGUCCCCAAGCACAUCUUUGUCAGUCCUCGUGGUACAGAAAAGGCGAAAGCGCUCCAUGCCAGGUUUCCCAAUCACGUCACGAUCGCGUCAUCGAACCAAGCGGUGAUCGAUCAUUCCAACAUCAUCUUCAUUAGUCUCCUUCCUGACGUUGCCCGCCAGGAACUUCCUCUCCUGAAUUUCCCGCAACACGUUACGAUUGUGUCCAUGAUGGCAACGAUUCCGUACCAAGAACUGCUGGACCUUCUCCGCUUGCCCCGCUCCCAAGUGGUGCGCACGAUUCCUCUCCCCAGCUCGUCGCGCCGCACGGGCCCAAUUUUGGCCUAUCCGCCGCAUCCGCUCGUGCGUGAAUUGUUGCAACAAAUCGGCACUCCUGUCAUGGUGAACGAAGAAAGUGAGGUGACGACCCUGGUACGCCCCGAUCGAGAGACGAGGUCACGUUCACUAAUCCUUGCUUCCGAAGACUGGGAUGACGGCCAUGAUCAGUUUCUUCUAUGCCACGUGUGGCACGUUGCAACAAUGGUGUGUCCAAAACGGCGUCGGUAUGUGCAGCCGCCUUGUUCGAGGCGCGAUUGACUUCUUCGCGCAUAGAGAACCAAGCGUCACGCGACUACGUCGCGUCGUUUUUCCAAUCACUCGCUGAUGCUGGUAUGAUUUCACAUGAGCCGUUCCAAGACAUGGCAGAUGAAGCGGCGACGGCGGGCGGCCUGAAUGAGCAAACGCAUCGCGGCCUCGUGGCAUCUGGCGCGUACGACUUGUUGCUAGACCAAGUCGACGCCAUCUACACGCGGUUGACGAAGCGUGCGCCGGCCCCGCGUGGAGGCAACUAAGCUGCCUCAUUUGUCGCGGAUUUUGCGCUUCUCGCCGCCGCAUGGCGACAUGGCGCGACGACGCAAGUGGCACCCCCCUCUCAAAGCCGAGCUCACGAUAUAUCCGAACGUUUACGCGUAGAGGGCCGCGUAAUUAUUUUAAAUGUUUGAUCUCCGUUA